ACACCGGCCAAGCCCGCCGUGCGGUGAGGAUUACCGUGCGGGAGAAGCGAGAAGCGCCCUGCAAGGACCGAGGACCGAGGACCGGGACCGGACCGGACCGGACCGGACCGCUGCGCUACAGGAGGACAGGAGGACAGGAGGAUAGGAGGACAGGAGGACAGCUUCACUGGGACGUUAUCUGGGUUUUUUCUGGUUUUCUCUUCUGUUCUGUUGGAAGUGGAGGAAAGGCGCAGAGUACCAGAGGUGCUGACAGGAUCAGCCUCGGAGGAGGAGAGAAGAUCCAGAUCCGCGUCUCUGAACAGAUUCACCUGACUCCAAAAAGAAUUAAAAACAAGAAAAUCACUCAUGGAUUUCCGUGACUUAUUAAUAAGCAGCCAAUUCUGUCCGGUCCAGUGGAAUAAUGUGAUUUAUUACCAUUAACCUGGAAUCAUGUCUUCUGGUGGAAAUCCUCCACUUUCACCUGGACGAGGCUGAAGUGAAGAAAGAAGUGAAGAAAAACGUUCGAGGAAAAGAAGAAAUUGAAAAAGAGAGAGAAGAGGGACGAGCGGUGGGUUGAGGUUCGGAGAAUCACUCCACUUCUGGUGCCGGAUGGUAUUUCUCUCGCUGCGGGGAUGGAGGGAUGAAGCCGGGAGAGAAAAGGACGGGAAGAGCGAGAAAGAGAGAGGAGGCAGAAGCGGAGAAGGAUGUAGGCGCUGGACGCGCCCUCUGGAGGAACUGUGAACCCGAGCGGAAUUUACUCUACCUGAAGGAUUUUUACCUCGGCGCGACGCGGGAUUUUAUUUCUCUGGAGCCUCAGUGGAGUUACAGCUAGAGUCACCGCAGGAUGGGAUUAGGAGGAAUAACUGUGCGCUGAGACAGGAGGAAACACAGCAGGAGAGAGGAGAGAGUGAGGAUUGAGGACCGGCGGUCUGAUCCACCAUGCUGAGUCCCUGUGGUCACAUGUGAAUCCUGUAACAUGUGCAGAAUGCUUCUACAUCUCUGAAGGUGUCCGACCAGGUGAGGAUGCUAACCAUGGAGAGGCUGUUGCUAUGCGUGAUGCUGGCGGUUUCCAUGGCGGUGCGGGCGCAGAUCUGUCCGAAGCGUUGCGUCUGCCAGAUCCUGUCACCGAACCUGGCGACGCUCUGCGCCAAGAAGGGUCUGCUGUUUGUGCCGCCAAACAUCGACAGGCACACGGUGGAGCUGCGGCUGGCCGACAACUUCGUAACGAGCGUGAAAAGGAAAGACUUUGCAAACAUGACGCGGCUGGUGGACCUGACAUUAUCCAGAAACACCAUCUCAUACAUCACACCUCAUGCCUUUACAGACCUAGAAAAUCUCCGAGCGCUACACCUCAACAGUAACCGUCUGACGAGGAUAGGCAACGACACAUUCAGCGGGAUGUCAAAGCUUCACCACCUGAUCCUCAACAACAACCAGCUGGUGCUGAUCCAUCAGGGAGCGUUCAACGACCUGCUGGCGCUGGAGGAGCUGGACCUCAGCUACAAUAACCUGGACUCUAUUCCAUGGGAGGCCAUUCAGAGAAUGACAAGCCUUCAUACGCUGAGCUUAGACCACAACAUGCUGGAAUACAUUCCAGAAGGAACCUUUUCCCUCCUGCAGAAACUCAACCGGCUGGACGUCACCUCCAAUAAACUGCAGAAGCUCCCGCCAGACCCCCUGUUUCAGCGGGCGCAGGUCCUGGCCACAUCAGGGGAGAUGACUCCCUCGUCGUUCGCGCUGUCGUUUGGAGGAAAUCCUCUCCACUGUAACUGUGAGUUACUCUGGCUGAGGAGGCUGAAGAGGGAGGACGACCUGGAGACCUGCGCCACACCUGAGCACCUGGCUGGCCGAUAUUUCUGGUCCAUCUCUGAGGAGGAGUUCCUCUGUGAGCCGCCGCUCAUCACCCGAUUCUCCCAUGAGAUGAGAGUCCUGGAAGGACAGAGAGUCGCUCUCAGGUGUAAGGCAAGAGGUGAUCCAGAACCAGCCAUUCACUGGAUCUCUCCUGAAGGCAAACUGGUGUCCAACUCCUCCAGAACCUUGGUUUACAGCAACGGGACUCUGGACAUCCUCAUCAGCACUGUGAAAGACACGGGCUCCUUCACCUGCAUCUCGUCCAACCCGGCCGGCGAAGCCCACCAAACCGUGGAGCUGGUCAUAAUCAAACUGCCUCACAUCUCCAACAACACCAACAACAUCCAAGAACCCGAUCCGGGUUCGUCAGACAUUUCCACGUCGACCCGAGGCGGCGCCAACGGCAGCAACGUGACGGGCGACGUGAAGGGCGGCGUGGACAAGCGGGUGGUGACGGCCGAGGCCCGGUCGUCCACUGCGCUCAUCAAGUUCAACUUCCAGAGGAACAUUCCCGGCAUCAGGAUGUUCCAGAUCCAGUACAACGGCAGCCAGGAUGACUCGCUGGUUUACAGGAUGAUUCCUCCAUCGAGCGAGAACUUCCUGGUCAACAACCUGGCCGCCGGGACUCAGUACGACCUGUGUGUGCUGGCCAUCUACGAUGAUGUCAUCACGUCGCUGACAGCAACGCGAGUGGUGGGCUGCGUGCAGUUCACCACCGAGUCGGAGUACAUGCGCUGUCACUUCAUGCAGUCCCAGUUCCUCGGCGGGACGAUGAUCAUCAUCAUCGGAGGGAUCAUCGUCGCCUCGGUGCUCGUCUUCAUCAUCAUCCUGAUGAUACGCUACAAGGUUUGUAACCCUGGUGAAGGUGGGAAAGGCGUUUCCAUGUCGAUGACCAACGUUCACUCGCAGACCAACGGGCAGCAGUCACACGGCUGCACCGUCACUCCCAGCUCCUCCAAACACGGAUCAGUUGGGUUGGAUGACUUGUCUGCCGGCUCAAAGAAAAAGAGCGGCGCUGCGGCGGCGGGACCCGCGGAGAAGGACACCCUCACUCAGUCGUCUGAAUGCUCCCUGCCCGACUGCUCCACUGCCACGUCCGUUCUGAGCCAGAGCUGGGCGGCUGGCGGUGAAGACCGGGACAAAGUGGCCGAGCAGAGACCUCUGACUGGCGUCGGGUCGCCCACCGCCGCCUCCGGGUCCCUGCACAAGUCCAAGAGGAAGCCGGCUCCCGUUCAGCCCGAGAACCGCCCGCCGCCCUCCUCUCCUCGCCCUCCGCCCUCUUCUACCCCGACCUCCGCCCCGCUGGAGAACCUCAACACCAACCGCAACAACUCCACCAGUCUGAACAAAACCCCACCGCCUCCCUUCGUGCCCUCACCGUUCUCCGGGCCCCUGUUGGCCCCCAGCCCGGUUCCUUCCAUGCGGUUCAGAGAAACGCCCGUCCUGCGCCGGGCUCCUCGCCCCGCCUCCUCUGCAAAAUACCAGACUCUCCCUGCGGAGGAGGGAGGCCGGAGCAGGGCGAGGAGGAGGUACUCGCUCAGCGAAGAAGGCGCAAAAACUCAGUCGCCCCAUCAGAGGGCCGGAGGGGCGAAGCUGGGCCGCGUGAUGCGGAACAAACGGAGCCAGUCCAUGAGCGGGAUGCUGCUGUCUAAAGAAGAGGACGGCGACUCGGAGAAAGGGCGCCGCGAGUCGGACUGGAUCUUAGAAAGCACAGUUUGAAGUGAAGCCAGGCAGCGACCGUCACAGGAACUUCGGUUCCCUCGUACUUGUUGAGCUGCGUGUGUGUGUGUGUGUGCGUGUGCGUGUGCGUGUGUGUGUGUUUGCGGUGUGUCUGGGUUUGUUUUUCCACCUGAAGAGCCGGUCAACCUCUGAAUCAGUUCUCAAUUUUCAUGUUUGAAUUUUGUUUUUAUGUGCGUUUUAUUUGAUUUGACAUGUUUUCUGGAUGAAAGUUUUUUACCUCUUUCUUUUCAUCUUGUUUUUUGUAUUCUGUUUACAGUUUUGUCCUCCACCUUGACAUUAUCCUUUGGUAAAUGGAUAACAUGCCUUGUCUCGUAGCGUUGGAGUCGUCUUACUGGAUCCACUUUAUAGCACAAAAGAAAAAGAAACAAGACAAUGAGCUUGCCACGUCAUUUCUGAAUUCACAUUCACCGUAUCUGAAAGCACCACAAAAGGGAAAUUAAUAAAGGGAAAGAAGACGAUGAAGAACCCUGCAGCAAGAAGAAAAGCACAUCAUUUUUAAGAGGUGCACACCUGCAUACAGUAUGCACUCAUUUUGUGGCAAGAGAACAGCAGUCGGUGCCUUCUUUUGCACUAACAGACCCUCCCUAGCAGUAACUAGAUCUGGAUUUAUGACUUCACCGCAGCUCCACUAACGAGAGCUCUGGAGGAACUGGAUCCAACUAAGGAAGAGACGGAUUUCACACACAGCCUUUCUUACCUAAUGGGGAGUUCUCACAUUUUCUUGACAUAUAAAGACAAGAAGUAACAAACAGAAGAACAUUUUAAUGGACCUCUUAUGAAAUUGUUAUUUUUAAACAUGAGAAGAAAAAGAAAACAUGAUUAUCUUGUGAGCUUUUCACUGACAUUGGUAUACAAGCUCCCAGAAAGCCUCUGUACAGAAAAAGACAACAUGUACCGUGUUGUUAUGUUGUGUAAAAUAAAACCGGUUAAAACUAAAU